ACUGCUCACAUUGAGUCGUUUCACCAAAGUGUGCUCAGUGUUCUGGCCUUGUACACGAACAUCAACACUCUGGUGCUGGACACGACCCAAUUCUUUUCGUUCUCACAACUCCUGCAGUUCCUCUGUGCUUUCCCUGACCUCCGAAGCAUACGCUGUGAGGAAGUGCCAGAAUGGGAGCCUCCGUCUGACGAAGCCGUGUUGAAUGGAGUGGCCAAAGGUCUCGUGGACAUGCCCGGACCCGAAUUCCACGCUGCCAUCGACAAGGUGUUGCGACAUUCUGGGGCAGUCCUUCGCGCGUUCAGAUGCCGAUACAAUCAAGAACCAUCACAGCGUACCAAGCUGGGUAUUGCUCCAUCGCUCGUGUACAAUACCGCACUGGAAUAUCUAGACGUGACCUUCACUGUAGUGUCGUUACUGCGCACAUCAUGGAUCUACAAGACACUCCUAUCUCUGUUCACGCAGCUUAGGAGCCCGUGUCUGGAGCACAUGUCCAUUUGUUUCUCCUUACGAGAGCCAGGCGUCGACGCUGGUGUCAACCUCGACACAGAUAUGGAGACCACUUCCUCGGACAUCGCCAUCUUCCACGCUGCAAUCUGUCACGAGAUAUUUUCCAACCUACUCCCCGGGCCUGGGCGCGUAAGCCUGGCAUUCACCCGCACGCAUCUUAAAAGCCGCUCCUUGGGUACGAGCCCGUUCGAUGCCGAGCCAACACCCUGCGAACUGUCCAUGUCCAUCCAAUCGUUCGUGGUCCCCCUCUUCAUCCCAUGGCUAUCUCGUGGGGUUAUGGAGAUAUGCCUUCCCGAUCGAUCGCGUGUCGUGGAUCCCCCAUGCCCGGACAGCGGAACCCCGGAGGUUCGGUCGGACAACUCCCCCGAGUUCGACCGCGCUGUCGUUCGCCCUGCAUUGGAUAGCAUCUAGAUACUCGGUGUCAUUGCGUACAGACAUCAGCCGUGCUAUGACUUGUCACGGCGAGAACGUGUCGGGCACACAAACUCAGACAGGGCGAUAUAGGCUCGAAAGAGCCUCGCUCGUAGCCGAAUGAUUGCCAGAGCUCGACUAGGAUGCGCAAUAGAUACGCAACACGGUCCGUUUCACUUGAUUAGCCAUGCUCGCGUUCGCUGUUGCCUUUGUUGUCCACUU